GUUUAGGGGGGGGGUGAGGGGAGCUGGCCAGCCUGUGUGUUUAUUUCAGCUCCUGCUUGUAUUUAUGCAGAAACGGGGGGAGGGAGGGCAAAGAAAGAAAGAAGACCAAAGGCAUUAAAAAAAAGGAAAGAGGGAGGGGAUUCCAAGACAGAAAAUAACUGAUUUGUUUUCCUCCUCCUAUCCCAGGCUGCUAUCCCUGCUCUCACACACCCUGCACUGUGCUGCAUGUCCCACUCUGUAUUGUAUUGGGCUGCAACAUUGGGGGGACCUGCUUUGUGCUGCUUCUAGGCCCCUCUCUCUCUCCUGCUGCUGCUACUGCUGCUCCUAUUGCUCCUGCUGCAUGGGGGGAGGGGGAGGCAGAGCAGAGUGGGGACAGCACUGCAGCAAGCCAGGCAGGGGGCUCUGGGAAAGCCUGGGGAUUUAACAGGCCUCUUACACUCAACCAGAGGGAGACUGAGAAAGGAGAAGCAGGACACAAUUCAUGGAUCUGCACUGAAAAAGGGGGACAAAAUAUCAAGAGGAACCCAGCCUGGAAGAGUCUCGUUCUCUAGCACCUGGGGCGCUCACUUUCUUUUUUUGCACAAAACACCAAAAUAGAGGAUUUUGGUUUUACUCUCCUCCUUAACCAUUUCUUUUCCUUUUUUUUUAAGAUGCAUUUUCUUUUAGACCCUUUAUUUAAUGUAUAGCUGGAGAAUCCCUACUCAGGAUUAUUUUCUUUUACCGAACAAGGAUAUCGAGAAAGAAAGGGGAUAAAAAAAUAAAAAAAUGCCCGUUGGAAGAUUGGGGAGGAUCAAGAGAAAAACCCCUUAGGAUUUUAUAUUUUAUUUUGCUGGAACCAGGAUUUAUCCAGCCUUGUUGUUGUAAGAACAAGGAAUAAGAAACUGCUGUUUUUUUGUUUUCUUUUAGUAAUUAUUGGGGGAAAAAAAGCCAGUUUGUUAGGCUGAAGGAGGUGUUAGAGACCAUGAGAGUUGUGCGGUGCAACCAGGGGCUGUGCGUCCCUUUAACAUUUAAAAUGGGCAUUUCAGUGCUUUGAAAUCCUAUCUAUUCUCCUUGCUUCCCUCCUCCUAUAGCCUACUUUUUUUUUUUUUACUUAAUUUGCCCCCGAGUAAAACCUCUGGAAUUUACGGAAUAUCCUUCUGCAACCAUGAGCAUCAGUUCCGCACAGACAUCAAUAGACCGAUCCGCUUCUAAACGCCAUCCUCAUUUGCCAAGGUUGAGUAACCUGUCAUCGGCUAGUGACGGAGCGGCUGAACGAAGGUCUCCUGGACACCAGCGUCAGCCUUGUGAGAGUAACGAGUCUACAGGCUUGGUCCAGCGCUGUGUCAUCGUUCAAAGGGACCAAAAUGGAUUUGGUUUCACGGUCAGCGGGGAUCGGAUUGUUCUGGUUCAGUCCGUACGUCAAGGUGGGGCGGCAAUGCGAGCUGGGGUGCAGGAGGGAGACCGUAUUGUGAAGGUCAACGGCACGCUGGUGGCUAACAGCUCACACAUUGAAGUGGUCAAGCUGAUUAAAUCCGGCGCUUACGUUGCACUCACUCUCCUGGGUUCUCCGCCUCCAUCCAUGGGCAUGUCUGGGUAUCAGCAAGACCUGAGCUCCUCCGUGUCCCCGCGUAACAUAUUCCUGUCACCAAUGCCGCCUCCUCCGCCUCCACCUUUGCCGCAGUCACAUCACAUCACAGGACCUAAACCGCUACAGGACCCCGAUUUCCAAAAGCAUGCCACGGAAAUUCUUUGGAACAUGUUAAAGCAGGAGGAAGCGGAUUUACAGAAUCUGUGUGACGUGUAUAACAGAAGCCCUAACCCCAGCCUGCAGGAGCAGAUAGAGAGGGCAAGGAAGAGGGUGCAUCAGCUUCAGCACAAGAUAAGGCAAGAAAUCCCUAGUACAGGGGAUUUGUUGCGCUCAUACAGUGACUGCAGCUCUGCGGGGUAUAAAGUCAAAGAAGGUCGCCUGUCUGUUGAUUCUCAGGAUGCAGACAGUGGUCUGGAUUCUGGAACUGAACGGAUAUCAUCAUUGAGUGAGUAUUCCAUGAAUCGGAAUUCUGUCAUGUCAGACCUCGGAAUGGACAGCUCCCACACGUCCCCAAUCAUCUCAACGAAACUGUUUCACCAUCACCAUCGGCGGCACGGGUCAGACACCACUUUUAUCGGCACGUCUGAGCAGGUAUCCGAUCAUACGAGGCCUACAAUAAUUGGGCCAGAAGAGGACUGUGACCACGGAUAUUACAUGACAGAGCAGUCAGAUGGUCUCUUUCAAGACCUGGAAAAGUUAAAGACACGGCCAGCCCAUAUGGGGGUGUUUCUACGUUAUAUCUUCUCCCAGGCUGAUCCAAACCCACUGCUCUUCUACCUGAGUGCUGAGGCCUGUCAGCAUUUGAGUCCAGUAGACGCCUUCCCAUUGAGGAAAGAAGUCUGGAACAUCUUCCUUGACAAAAGUGCAUCACUAAGGGUUAAAAUCCCUGAACAGCUACUGAAUGAAAUUGAAUCCCGUUUGCGGAACUCGGAAGAUAUCCGUGGCUUGUUUAGUGAAGCCCAGGAGGCGAUGCUGCCAGAGAUACAGGAGCAGAUACAGGAUUACAGGACGAAAAGGACCAUGGGUUUAGGCAGCCUGUAUGGGGAGAACGACUUGUUCGAGCUUGAGAUUGACCCUCAAAGAGAACGUCAGGUUGCUGCUAAACAGAUUGCACAGCUGGAGGACAUCCUAUCGAAGUAUGAGAAAGAGAUCAGUUUGCCCAUGGCCUUUGCCUUGAGCAUGUAUGUGAAGUACGCUGGGAUCCACACUCAAGAUAUCCGUCCCGCCAGCACCUCCGAAAAAACCCAAAUCAUCCCCGACAGGGACAAGUGGCUCCCCUUCUUCCCUAAGAACAAGAAAAGCAGCAACGCUAAAAAGGAUAAAGAGUCGGCCGAGGACAAGAAGCGCAACCCCAUCCUUAAGUAUAUUAACAAGCCCAAGAGCACGUCUCAGAGCACAUUUCAUGUUCCCUUGUCCCCUGGUGAAGUAAAACCUGGGAACGUGAGGAACAUUAUCCAGCACUUUGAAAACAACCAACAGUAUGAUGUUCCGGAACAUAACCUGCAGCGGCUCUCAACCGGGAGCUUCCCUGGGGAUCUACUGGACUCUGAUGGCAGCAGGUCGGAGGUGAAACUGGGCCGGUCAGAAAGCUUAAAGGGACGGGAAGAGCUGAAAAAAUCCCGCAAAGUGGACAAUGUGCCUCGAUCUCGCAGUGAUGUGGAUAUGGACGCGGCCGCCGAGGCCACACGCUUGCACCAGUCGGCCUCAUCCUCUGCAUCCAGCCUAUCAGCAAGGUCCCUGGAUAAUCCUACCCCACCCUAUACUCCCAAGUUAUGUCGAAGGAGCAUCGAGUCGCCCAGUUUGGGGUUCACUGGAGAAUUGCUGCUCUCCAACCUGCAGGAGGACGACCUGGGCCACCUCUCCGACCUCGAUCCUGAGCCCGACGCUCAGAACUGGCAGCAUACGGUGGGACGGGAUGUGGCGCUGCACCUGCCACCAAAAGAGAGGGCGCGGCAAGAGGUGAUACACGAGCUGUUUGUAACAGAAGCCUCUCACCUCCGGGUCCUACGGGUGCUGGAUCUCAUUUUCUACCAGAGGAUGCGCAAGGAGAACCUGCUGACCCCAGAUGAGCUCUGGCUUGUCUUCCCCAAUCUCCCGGAACUGAUUGAGAUCCACAACUCGCUGGCAGAGUCAAUGAAGCGGAUGAGAGAGGAAGGACCGGUCAUCAAAGAGAUUGGCGACCUUAUGCUCUUGCGGUUUGAUGGAGCAUCAGGAGAAGAAGUCCGAAUGGAAGCAGCCAGGUUCUGCUCAUACCAGACAUCUGCCCUUGAGCUGAUCAAAGCCAAAAAGAGGAAAGAGACCCGGUUCAGUCUCUUCAUGCAGGAAGCGGAAAGCAACCCCCAGUGCCGGCGACUGCAACUGAAAGACCUGAUUGUGUCUGAGAUGCAACGACUGACCAAGUACCCCCUACUGCUGGAAAAUGUCCUCAAGCACACGGACUCUGGGACUCAGGAACACGAAAAGCUGUACCGCUGCCGUGAUCGGUGUCGAGAUAUUCUAAAGUAUGUCAACGAGUCGGUCAAGCAGGCAGAGAACGAGCAUCGACUGGCUGAGUAUCAGAAGCGACUGGACGCCAGCCACUUGGAGCGGUCGAAUAAUCCUCUAGCUGCAGAGUUUAAGAACUUAGACCUGACCACAAGGCGAAUGAUACAUGAGGGGCCUCUCACUUGGAGGGUAACAAAAGACAAGACCAUAGACUUGCACGUUCUCCUGCUGGAAGAUCUCCUCGUCUUACUACAGAAGCAGGAUGAGAAGCUGGUGCUCAAAUGCCAUAGCAAGACCACCAUGGUCUCCACCGACACCAAACAAACCUUCAGUCCUGUCAUUAAGCUGAAUUCUGUCCUUGUUCGCUCCGUGGCUACAGAUAAAAGAGCCCUGUUUAUUAUCUGCACUUCAGAUCUAGGACCUCAGAUCUACGAGCUGGUGGCCAUGACAUCCUCCGAGAAAAACACGUGGAAGGAUUUAUUGGAAGAAGCAACCAAGGGCACCAUGAGGAAUCCUCCAAGUGCCACCAAAAGGAAAUCCCAGGACAUCAAUAGACCAACCUCUGCCAGCAUGCUUCUACAGAGAACCCACAUGCCCAAACUCCCUGCAGAAGGAGUUCUACAGCAUAACAGUGAGGAUCUCCAAUCAGGUGACGAGAGCGCUGGAGAAUUCUCAGGCCACCAAAAGCCAGAUGUCGUCGUAGAGGAACCAGAGAGGGAAGAUGAUGAAGAAGAUGAAGCUCGGACACCUACCCUGCUGCCUAUCCCAUCCAAAGAGGAGGAUGCUGGAGGUGGGAUACUGGGGUUAGACUCUUCCAACCGCAUUCCCUACCAUUGGCCUGCAGUGACUGAAGGGCUGGCUGAGUCUGCACUGGAUGAUGUUCACAACCUCCGUCAGCUGAUCCUGAAGAACAUGCUCCACCACGGCCAUUCCGAGUACGACUCUGGCUCUGCCCCCGUGGCUGAGCCUGAAGAAGACCUCACGCCUACGCCUUCCGUCAUCGGCGGACACGGGCACCCAUGGGACACCAUGACAGAUGCAGUAUUAGAAAAUCUAGAUGGAGAUCAGACUACUGAAGAGAAGGAGACCUCAAUUCCUCCUUCGAUUAGCGGCUCUGAGAGCAGCAGGUCUGUUUUGAACUUUCCACAUGGAGAGAGACCAGGUUCCAGAGAUGGGGAAGAGACUGCUUGGAGUUUGGUUGAACGCAACCCACAAGGCAGUUCUGUUCAUCAGAACCAAUCAGAGCAGCUACACAGUGAGGACCAUAGUAACCGAAGCUACAGAGUUGUUAGGAAAGCUGAGGUGGUGGGAAAUUAUGAUGUCAUACCGUUGCCAGACAGCAGCCAAUCACAGAGUGUGUUGCAGGAAGCUGGCGCUGGAGCUAUUGUAGAUGGAAAUUUCUUUUAUGUGACUGCAUCAGCGGUUUCUGCAAAGGAAGAUAACGAAGUCUCAGAAUCCCCAACGAACUCUGACCGAUUAGCGAGCCCUUCCUUCUUGGAAUCUCGAGAGUCAAACCACACGCCGACUUACCAAUCAGGAUUUGCCACUCCACCGUCGAGAAGUACAGAAAGUGAUCCAUUGGAUCUCCUGCCCCCGAAACUUGUCAUUCAGGAUGUAGAUAUUAUCUUCAGGACGAUAGAGCAGCUGACAGCCAAACUGCACAGGCUGAAGGAAGUAGAGUCCGCCCACCAGGAGCUCCUGCGAUCUUUGGGAAGAAGUGCCACAGACGACCAUUUCCAUGAGAGAGAGCACGCGGCAGAGAAGGAUAAGCAAGCGCAGAAGCAUCAGGGGUCCAGUUUGAACAGCGCCUCUCUAUUCUUUGUGAAGAACAGCAGAUCUGUCUCGCUUCAUCGAGAUGGCAAUACAGACCCACAGGAAGAUGCUAUAAAUUUGGCCAUGGGAAUGUAAGAAAGGCAACGAGGCCCUUGCGCUACUGUGGUGCCUUUACAUCUGGUCUGGUUGCUCCCCCAGGAGUGCAGCUCAAACAUCGCACGCAGGCACCGUAUUGGCCUAGAUAUCGCAGUCAAAUUAACACCGCAAAGAUAAACUUUUUUUUUGGGGGUAAAAAAAAAAAAACUGGAAUUAUUUUUGAAGAAAAAAAAAAGAAAAGGCAUGUUAGCUUAAUAAAUUAUAUAUAUAUAUCUAUAUAUAUGUAUAGUUCUAUAACUAUUUAAAGAAAAGGAAAAAAAAUGCAUACCUUAUUGCCCCUCCCCCCGUACACGCAUGCUGUUGCUGUGGACUUGCCCUAAUGAUGAUGGCCGUGACAGAAGCGAGGAAAGUGACGUCUCGUGGACCGUUCCAUUUAUGGGGGAGAUGCCUUGUCUUUCUUUUCUGCAGCCCCUGCACUGUGGGAAGUCUGUCCUGUAGCAAAUGCACUAUUUCCCCUGAAGCCCACGUAUCUGCACCAGGGGGGCUGCCUCUUUUUUUUUUUUUGUAUAAAUAUGUAUGUAUGUGCAUUUAUGUUUUAUUUUGUAAAUAGGUUUUUCUCCCCCUGCCCCCUUUCUUCCAACUUGUAAUAAAAGAGGCUUUUUACCA